UCUCAGACAAUUGGGGGAGCAAGCUAAGGAAGGAGCUUCGUGAGGAGUAAUGGAAACAGGUUCCAUCUUUUAUCAAUGAGGUCGAGGGGCUGCUAAGAAUUCAUCAAAUUCAAUACAUAACAAGACUGCUGUAUCCAGGAAUCCCUUAUGUAACUGCCAUAUUAAAAUUUCUUAAGUUUAAUUUUUCAAACCAAACCAAAUAUUUUAUUUGGUAUAUACCUGCAAAGUACGUAUACUGAGAAGUGAUCGUCUCCAGCAAUUGAAAACAAAAAAAUGUUUCGUUUAUUCGGUAGGACAUUAGAUGUGGCACGCACAGGCGUGCACUAUUUCAUGUUUGUCAUCCUGGGACUUAUGGUGUCCAUUCCUGGUCCCACGUUGAUUGACCUCAGACAUUCAAGUGGAACAGACUCCAGUAGCAUUUCCUUAAUAUUCUCGGCAAGGUCAGCUGGUUACCUGCUUGGCUCUCUAAUAGGUGGUUUCAUUUUGGAUAGUAUAAAGAAUGAAGAAAAGGCGUUGAUAAUCAGUAGCAUGUUCGUGGCUAUGGGAGCUUAUGUUAUUCCUUGGUGCAGAAGUCUUGUCACACUCCUCACUACCUUUGCCAUAACCGGUUUCGCGAUGGGAUUUAGUAAUACUGGGAGUAACGCUUGCUGUUUGCGCAUAUGGGGAAAGAAAGGUGCACCGUUCCUUCAAGGUCUUCAUUUUGCAUAUGGAUUAGGUGGAUUUUUUGCUCCUAUCUUAGCUGCCCCCUUUUUGUCUGCACAUGUUCCAACUACUACCGAUUUGUCUCUUCUUGGCGUCACGCACAAUUUUACCAACGAGUUACCAGCUUCAAUUAAUUUUCCUCAGAAUAUCAGCGAUCUCGAAUUAAGAAUUACGGCCAGUGAAACUCAUACUAUUCCUACAAUAACUGUUGCAUAUUCAAUCAUAGGCAUACUUGCAACACUUGUUACUGGAUGCUUUACAUUUGUGUAUAUCUUCGCAUCUAAGGAAAAAAGUGCCGCUGAAAAUAGCGAACAAGAAAGUACCAGAGAUCCCGGUCGAUUGUUCACCUGCCUUGUAGUUAUUCUAAUAUGCUUACAAACUGGACUAAUAUCUGGAGUUGAAGUUAGUUUUACCCAAAUGCUUACAUCAUACGUAGUGAAAAGUAUUCAUAGUUUAUCCAAAGUUACGGGUUCUUACAUGACAUCUGUAUACUGGGGAGCCUUCACGCUAAUGAGAGGCUUAUCCAUUAUUUUAGCGUGCAAAAUUAGCGUAAAAAGUUUGUUGAUUUUUGAUCUUCUUUUAUCUGUUGCAGCGGCGUUAGUACUAUUAACAAUUGGAACAUGGUCAGUCACCGCUCUUUGGGUGGGUACUGCCAUGUUAGGUAUAGGCGUAGCAUCAAUCUUCCCAGCAUCUCUAUCAUGGGUUGAAAAGUACAUCAAUAUCAACAAUAGAAUUGCUUCAAUUUUCACACUAGUUUCCAGCAUCUUGGAGAUGACAGUUCCACAUUGUAUUAGCAUCUACCUCGGUUCACAACCUAAUGUUCUAUUUCAAUUUAUGACGGGAGCUACAAUUUCAAGUAGUGUGCUUUUUAUUAUUUCGAACAUAAUCUUUACGCGUAAGGGUGAAAAAUACAUCGGUGACAAGAAAGCAACAUCUGCUUCUAAAGAAGAAAAAGAGCCAACUGAAAAAAAUCCAGCUGUUUCAGUUUAAAUUGCACUUGCAAUAGCUAACUGUAUUAGGGACAAUUGUUAAAGCACAGAUCUGUUUCCAUGUAUUAUUCAUUUUAUCAUUUAUUUUAUGGUGGUUGGAAAGUUUAACUAUGAGCCAGAAUUAUGUAAAUAAUCCAUUUUACAUCUUAUCAUAAAUUCUUUACAUACGAGUAUGUUUUAACUAAGAUCGGCUAUUCGAUCUUAUUUUCUUGUGAUACAAUUUAGAAGUGAUAACAUAUGCAACAAAUACGAUCCAAAUAAAUAUAUUUUACAACUUCAAA